AUGUUCAAUCUAUCAUCGCUUUUGAUUCCCUUCUUCUUCCUUGUUGCAUUCUUUGGAUAUACCACGGCCCUAACGGAUCGUUUUGCUAAAGAAGACGGAAGCACCGACCAUCCUUGCAAUCCUUCCUCCAAUGCUUACUGUGGUGGUACUUGGAAAGGUAUUGAAAAUAAGCUAGACUACAUUGAAGAUCUUGGCUUUACUGCCAUUUGGAUUUCUCCUAUCGACAAGAAUAUUGAAGGUGAUCCCGCUGGCGCCGGCGAGGCUUACCACGGUUAUUGGAACAUCAAUUAUGAAGAAUAUAAUGAACAUUUUGGUACUCAAGAUGAUCUUCUUAGCUUAAUUAGCGCUGCUCACAAGCGUGAUAUAUGGGUAAUGGUGGACACAGUUGUUAACUCUAUGGCAUUGGUUGGUCCUUAUGAUCAAGUUGAUUAUUCUAAGGUUUAUCCUUUUAACAAGGAAAAAUAUUAUCAUCCUUAUUGUAUCAUUGAUUGGAACAAAUCCGACAAUAAGACAAAUAUUCAAGACUGCUGGCAAGAUUCUGGUGUGCUUCUUGCCGACUUGAAUGUGGAAAGCUCCGAUGUAAAAAAAUAUCUUGAUAAGCACAUUCACAGUUCUGUGCAGCAACUCGAUUUUGACGGUCUUCGUAUUGAUGCUGUCAAGAUGAUGAACGAAAGCUUUUUCCCUGAUUUUGUCAAAUCUGCCGGUGUAUUUUCUAUGGGUGAGGUUUUCGACUAUGACCCAAAUGUGUUGUGUGAUUACAUGAACUAUGAUAUAGGUGUAACCAACUACGUUGUUCGUCUAGGUUUGAAUUUUAGUUUUAUGGCUCAUGACAAAUUUCAGCCAAACAAAGGUUUUGGGACGCUUAAGGAUCAAACGGAGCUAAUGACUAGCGGCAAAUGCUCAAACUCUGAUCUUGGACAAAUGCUAAUUUUUUUGGACAACCACGAUUUGCCCCGUUAUGCAUCUUAUACUGACGAUCAAGCGAUUAUCAUGUCCGCUUAUAGUUUUGCUAUUUUGUGGGAUGGUAUUCCAUCUGUUUAUUAUGGACAAGAACAAGGUUUCUAUGGUGGAUUGGAUCCUGCCAAUCGUGAAGCUCUUUGGACAUCUAAGUACGAUCAAACCAAUCCUUACUAUACCAUGAUUAAAACUAUAGUCAAUUUCCGAAAACAGGUUAUGAAACAGGAUUCCGAUUUUACACGCCAUAAUUACACAAUUAUAGAAGCUGAGCUGAAUCAUGUUGCUGCUAAAAAGCGUGAUGUCUUCCUUUUAUAUAAUAACCUUGGUAGUAAGGAUAAUGGAACUGUCUACAAAGUCCCUACCCAAUACUCGGAGAACGAAGUUGUUUCCGAUGUUUUUGGGCACCGAACUCUGACCGUUGGACAUGGAGGUAAUAUUACCGCUACAUUAACCAGUGGUUAUCCAAUGGUUUUAUACCCUCACACAAAACUGUCUGACUUUAGGUUGCCUACUAUUAAUCAGACUGUUAUGCCUACCACGGCUCGCGAGAAAACUACUACUGUCUACACCUCUUUCUAUUCUCCCACCUAUUCUACUCGUUCUUUUCAUGGUUCACAAGGUCUCAUUACAAUGUCUUCUUCUCCUCGAGCUAUUCCAUCGUUUGAGACUUUAUUCUUCACUUUUGUUUUUACUGCCUUAGCCUUCAUCUUGUUCUGUUAA